GUAGACUGAGCUGAAGGAGCCUGCACGCAUUCUACUUACCCUUAAGGUUUACCUAAAGUAGGCCUAGCCGCAAAGUAUUUUUCCUUUGCACAUGACCGGUACCGGGCUCCAUAUUUACUCGAUCUGUGCAACUCGUCUCAUUUUAACCAUUAUUUGGCAGAACCAUUUCCUUAUUUUGUCCUGUGAUCUUACGAGAAAACAAAACGCCAAAAGUAGAUUAGGCGAACCUUUUAAAUUGAUCAAGCAAUUGCUUAGACUUGUAGGCCUAUUGGGAAUGCCUGCGACGACAACAGGUAUCAGCACUCAACAACAGUCGACCUGAAUUGAUACGGUUGCUUCAGAUUCAGCUGCAUAGCUGGCCUCAUGGAUAGGCAUAUCUCAGAGGAUGAGGCUUUUGAGGAUGCCAGUGAUCUUUUAGGGGAAGAGGAUAACUCGGUCGCAAACACAGAUGUUCCAGCUCCAGGUGACCUGACCUUACAGAGCAUCAGCACCCACUCUGCUGUUCUUAUUUGGGACCCACCUGAGGGGAUAGACACCUUUGGGCUCAGCUUCUUCACCGAUGGAGAACAGGCAGAGACCAGGACCACCAACUCCAACAGUGCUGAAGUGGAGAAGUUGAAACCUGGGACAGAGUACACCUUCAGUGUUGCCUCAGUCACAGAGAAGGAUCGGUGGAGUUCGCCAGUCACUGUGACCACACACACUAAACCAGUUCCUCCAGAGAGAAUCCAGGUGAACCAUGUCAGUGCAGACUCCGUUUCCCUCAGGUGGGAGUCACCUGACUUUCCGGUAUGGGAGUACCAUGUGACCUGCUGGCAGGGAGAUGAACUUGUCCAGGAGAUGGCAACUAAAUCUCAAGAUGCUGUGUUCAACAGCCUGUUACCAGGUGUGAAGUACUCCAUUGCGGUCACAACUGUCCUUGAGAAUGGCAGUGAGAGCAAGAUGGCCACCAGAUAUGCACACACAAAUUAUAUUGUGACUGCUCUGUUUCUGUUCGAUGGCUUUCUGCAGCAGGAGAUGGCCUUGAAAAAAAUGUCUAUGUGUCAGUUUUCAGUGCCUUUGCUUCUCCCAUCUUGUGAUACAAACCAGCCAAUGUUUAUGGUCUGGGCUUUGCGGGAUAUUGUUAAGAAGUUCAGACCACACUCUCUUGGGGAUCCUAGAGGAUUUGUAGAAGAGAGAAUUGUUCUCUCUUAUUUGGCAAUGAUUUCGUUUGUUAGGUUAGGUGAAUGUGGUUUUUCCAAAUCACAAAUCCUGAACAAAUUACUCAGCAACCCCCAGCAAUACCAUGACACCUUCCUUCACCAUGAUAUGGACUGUGGGGACAGUCCACGGAAGAUCUCUGAUGGAUUGGUGGAAAUUAGCUGGUACCUUCCUUGCGGGAACAGAAACAUUGAUAUUUUUCCUGAGCCAGUGACUGUGGCCAACUUGAGAGGUGACAUUCGCUCGUUUGAAACACAGUACUCCUUCUUGUGUCGGACAUCUUCAGCUGUUUUUGUCUUUUUUGACAGUUUGGAUACAGAUCACAAAAUAUUAACAACACAGCAUCACAAGGCACAGUUGUUCUUGGUGGGCAAUGCUCAAAACAAGAACUUCAAAAUGAACGACUUGAAGCUGGUUGCCUCUGAACUGCACUUGAAGAAAGCCAAUAUCAUUCUUAAAGUCAAACAAAUGAAUGAUGCAGACUUUGUCAAAAAUCUGCGUUCGAUGGUGACAAACUGGCUGAAGAGUGACCCAUCUAAAAUGCAGCUGGAACAGAUGACUGAUAUUGCCCAUGAGCUUGGCAUCCAUGUGGAUGAGGACAACAGGGAAUGCCAGAAUGCUAAGAAAAAUGCUUUUGAAAUCACUUCAAAAAUCAAGGACACAUUACAGUUCAAGGACACCCAACUCCCCUUGCAAGGGAAUAUCUGGAAGGAGCUGGCAAAACUUGAGAAGGAGGAGUGCAGACUGAGACAUGCUGAUCAGAAUAUUGAGAAGUACAAGAGUGACCUUGAGACACAAAAGUUCAACCUCAGGAAAGAGCAACAGAGCUAUGACAUGUCAGAGGCCAUGACAUGUUUCCUUGGUGCAUUAUCAACUUCUAGACAAGAAAGGUCUUACUUUCUAAAAUGGAUGAGGAUGAAUUUGGACAACUUGUCUCGGGAAAGUCUCACAGGUCUUAGAGACCAAUACAAGGAAAAAUGUCAAGAUUCAGUUAUAAACAAAGAAGAAAUCAAAGAACUUGACAAACAGAUUUCCAAUAGUUCUUUGGGAAUUGAGCACUUUGUGCGAGAAAUGGGCCAGCUCUAUGAGUCCACAUUAACCCUGCCCAAAAAUUCGGAAGGCAGAAAACAAAUGAUGCAUUUGCCUGAACUGUGUGCCAAGCUACUGCUAGAUGGCUUUCCCUUGGAACUUGUAGAUGGGGAUGCCUCCAACAUACCAUUGAAUUGGGUGAGAGAUGUGUUACUGCAACUUGAUUGUCUGGUAAAGCUCAGUGACAUCACAAUAAUUAACAUCGCCAUGGAGAACUCUACGGAGAUGAAAGACAUUCUCCAGAUUGUGGUGCAUGCGUUUCUAAGGAUGAAAGAGGUGGGAAAGAAACCGAUUUGUCAGUUUGUGCACCAGAAUGUGGCUGAUGUCUCUGCACAUGACAAAAACUUGAGGGACAGGAAGCUCCUUCUGGAACAACUAAAUGAAAUGACGCAAGCAGUAGCCAAAAUGGAGGGCAAGGAGGAGAACCAGAAGUUCACAGACGUGAUGGAGUAUGACCCAGAAAGAGGAAACUGGUACAUUCCUGGACUAUGGCACGGAAAUCCUCCCAUGGCUCCUGUCAAUGCAGGCUAUAGUGAGGCUGUCUAUGAUUUCAAGAAGACCAUGAUCCAAGUGUUUGGAAACUGUAAGACAUCUGGAAACAGCAUCAAGGAUUUCCUUGAGUGGACAAAGAGCCUGUGGAACGCCGUGAAGUACGAAAAUUUCAUAUUCAGCUUCAGGAACAGCUUGGUGGCAGAUGCCUACAUGCGGCUAUGCACGGAGUACAAUAAAUGGGAGUGGGAUUUCAAGAAGCACAUGUACUCAUGGCUCACCAGCGCUGAAACCAAAAUCUCGAACUUUGAGGUGACCAAGACCGCUUUGGACAAUGACAUCAAUGACUUUCUAUGUCAGUUGAAAACCAAGGCUGUCCUAGAACUUGACCAGAUGGAAAAAGUUGUUCUCAACAGUCUGACAGAGUACUUCAAGCAGACAGAGGGGCAUGUCUAUCUUGUGGAGCGAUACCGCGAGGUUUUUACCAGAAGUGUAGAAUGUCUCCGAAGAGACUUGGAGAAAUCCGUGCUGAGCAAACUUCAGAUGGCUGUUUCCAUUAGUAAGGGAAUGAACAAAUUGGAAAGUAUAAAAAAAAAACACACUGAUGUCAUGGAAAGUAAAGUACUGCAGCUUCUUGACAAAUGUAAAACCAGCAGUUCAAAGAAAACUGAUGCAGAGCUCUUGGAAAUCUUCGAGAAGAUGUGGGAAGAAACUGUGUCUGAGAUAGCCUUCCAUGGAUUGGAGCCAACGGACAUUGUAAGUAAUGUAUACCAUCACCUGAGGUCAAAUUUGAAACAGAGAGGAGGUACAGUGAACAAAAUGAUUAACAAUGUCAAUCUGGUAGAGUUGGGUACACAGCCCUUCACUGUUACUCCUGACAAUUUCAUCCGGAGGAUUGUGCACAGUGUCAAAAGCUUUUUCUCUGAUGACUACAAAAUGAUGGCCCAGGAUGUAGCAGACAAUCUCAUUCAGAAUUGCUUGUCAUUUGUUGAAGAGAAAUGUUGUGGAACAUCUGACUAUAAUGAAACUUACAUUCAAGAGAUCCUGCACAAGAUUGACAACACGCUAUCCUCCAAUCGUAAGCUUCACUCUUCAGAAAUAUUUGAAGUUUCUCUUAAACUCCAUAUCUGUGGAAUUGCUGCCAGACGUUUUCAGGACCUGCACAAUCGCUUCAUACAUGAUAAUGAUCCACAUAGGUGCCUCCAGCAUUUCAAAGAAAAGUACUUUGCAGAUUUCAAAGACCUGUACAAUGAGCGAGACCAGUGCAAGAGGAAAGCAGAACAAUUCGCAAUGUUGUGCCUCAAACCUGCUGUGGAGUCUUGGGUUGCAGCCUCUCUAGGUCCAGACAUAGUUGAUGAAAUGUUGGAGGGAAAAAAUGCACUACAGUUCAGCACUAGAACAUCUUUCCAGUAUUCAAUCCUGAAAGAGCUUCUCUUGGAAUGCAACUUUGAUAAGUAUGUCAAAUACAUCCGUUCAUACGAGGACUUUGUGAAGGAUUGGAUAUCUGACCAGAUCAGGGAGCACUUGGGAAAUGGAAAUAAGAUGUCACAACUGGAGGACAAGUACUUCAAGACGAUCUCAAAAGAAAUCCUCAAGGCUAUUCAGACCGCCCAGGGGAAGACCCCUUCAGAGACCACUGUUAAGAACUUCAUUCAAAACAUUUGCAGAGAACUUGAAGGAAAACUGGCCAUUCCUAAGGAUGCACUUGAUGCCGUCAUGGCUCUCAGCAAUGCGAAGGUUGAACCAUUUGCCCAAUCGCUCUCAGGCUUCAUUGAGGACAUUGAAAAGUCACUGAAGGAGAAAUUCCUAAAACUAGAUGUUAAAACAAGACUCCAAACUCUCAAGCUGAAACCACAAGAUGAGCUGUUCAAACGAGUCUUCGGAUGUGGCCAGCAGUGUCCAUUCUGCAAAGCACCCUGCGAAGCUGGUGGGGAGGCUCACACAGAUCACUGUGCUUCAAUCCACAGGCCUAAGGGUCUGGGUAUGUACCGAUGGGAACAAAGUGAGAAACUACUCAUUGAUAUUUGCUCCUCAUCUGUGUUCAGUGACAAUCGGUUCAGAUGCUUUGAGACAAAUUAUCAGUGGCAUCCUUAUAAGAAAUAUCGUGAGAUUUACUCUGAUUGGCACAUUCCAGCAGACCCCAGUAUUCAAGCCUCAGAUUACUGGAAAUAUGUCAUGGUAAAAUUCAACACACAGUUUGCAGUUAUCUACAGGGCAAAGCCAGCUGAUAUUCCCACUGCUUGGCAAGCAAUCACCAAAAAGCAGGCUGAGGAUAGCCUGAAAGAGUCCUUUAGAGUGACCUAAAUCACACCAAGCCUAGUUUCAGUGAGCAGUGAUGUACACUGAUUGUCUGAACUUGAAUGAUCCUUCAAAAUAACCUGUAGGUGGAUUAGUGAGUGGUGCUGAUUUUCCUUUUGCUCUUUAUUGUGUUCUAGUUUUUCUAUUUUUUUAGUUUUACUACACACAAAAAAACUGAUUGCCUUCAAUGAUAAUGUUUUGUUGUUUACAGUG